AUCUUUCCUAUGGAUUUGCACCUAACAGGGAUAUGAAGAUUUCCCACCACUCCGGCCAACCGAAAGCCGGCUAUGGUCUAGAUAAUUUCCAGUUGGCCUGCACUGUCUCUAUUUAAUCGCCGCAGCCUCGACCUUCAUCUCUCAUAAUGUUGGUGUCAGACAAGCCCAGGUCAGUUAUUAAUUGAAGGCACUACAAAUUAGAUGGGAAUUGAAGGCGGGGAGGUUGGAGUCGCUGGCGACGGAUUUUAUAAAUCAGAAUUGCACACCUAUAAUGCCCAGAAGCUAAGGAAACGUCGAGCGAGAAAGAUGAGAGGGGAUAUGGAUGGAGGCGAGCACAGAAAUCUGGUGCUGGUGCUUCUGGUGUCGGCGUUGGCCAUAGCCGCGGCGGUGUUCCAUUUCAGAUGGAGGCGGUCGAAAAAACGUCUGAGUCUGCCCCCAGGGCCGAGCGGGUGGCCUCUGGUGGGAAAUCUUUUCCAGGUGGUUUUCUCCGGGAAGCCCUUCAUGUACGUGGUCCGGGACCUGAGAGAACAGUUCGGAUCCAUUUUCACUCUUAAAAUGGGUCAGAAAACUCUAAUCAUCAUCACAAGCCCAGAGCUGGCGCACGAAGCUCUGGUCGAGAAGGGCACUCUGUUCGCUAGCAGGCCGCCGGACACGCCUACGAAGCUGCUCUUCAGCGCCAACAAAUUCUCCGUCAACUCGGCGGAGUACGGUCCCUUCUGGCGUGCCCUGCGCCGGAAUCUGGUAAGCGAAAUGCUGAACUUGAAUCGGGUGAAAGACUUCAGCUGGAUCCGCGAGUGGGCAAUGGACCGUCUGGUGGACCGUCUCCAGGAAGAGGCAGCCCGGUCGCCGGAAUCCUCUGUCAAGGUGCUCUCCAAUAUUCGCUUCUCAAUUUUCAGCAUACUGCUGUGCAUGUGUUUCGGUGCCCGGCUGGGAGAAGACGUGAUCACACGGGUGGACAAAGUGAUGAAGGACAUUCUGGUGAUAGUGGAGCCCCAAAUCCAUGACUUCCUUCCCCUUCUCGCGCCCCUCUUCUUCAAGCGGUGGAAGCGAAUUAAGGAGCUGCGGCGCACCCAAAUAGACAGCAUUCUUCCGCUCAUAAACCGCCGGCGGUCGCUGUUGAAAGAGAGAAACAGUGGAUGGGAGCCAGAGGGGUGUGACGGCGCUCACGCGUAUAUCGACUCGCUGAUCAAUCUGGAGGUGGAGGGGCGGGAGAAGCCGACGGAUGAGGAACUGGUGACGCUCUGUUCGGAGCUCCUCACGGCGGGCACCGACACGACCGCUACUGCCCUGGAAUGGGCCCUGGCGCGCAUGGUUAUGCACCCGGACAUACAGGGUAAGGUUCAUGACGAGAUCCUCCGGGUGGUGGGUAACAAGCGGAAGGUGACUGAUGCGGACGUCGAGCAUCUCCCUUACCUCAACGCGGUUGUGAAAGAGACUCUGCGCCGCCACCCGCCAGGACACUUCGUCUUGUCUCACGCCGCCACGCAUGACUGUCAGCUCCGAGGUUAUGACAUACCCGCUAAGGCCAAUGUCGAGUUCUACACGGCUUCCGUCUCCUUCGACCCGCACAUCUGGCCCAACCCUAUGGAGUUCAACCCAGACCGUUUUCUGGAUCCAGAGAAUGAUGUUGAUAUAACUGGAAGUAAGCAUGUGAAGAUGAUGCCCUUUGGUGUUGGACGGCGGAUCUGCCCCGCUCUUGGGUUGGGCACUCUGCAUAUUAAUCUGAUUCUGGCGCGCAUGGUCCAGGCCUUUCUCUGGUCUCCCUCGCCCGCUCAACCGCCUGAUCUCACUGAGAUGUUUGCCUUCACCGUCGUCAUGAAGAAUCCCCUGCAUGCCUCCAUAUCUAAACGAGCUCCUUAGAUCUCUGGCAUUUAGAUGCCUUAUAUGGAGUCUCAGAUAGUUUUUAUUAUUAUAUAUUAUAAAUCAUUUAGAGUCAUGAAACAAAUUGUAAGUGUUUAUUUUCAUUUUUGGUAUUAUUAUUGUUUCAAAUUAGUUUUACAACUUCACAAAAUUCUGGAUCACAUUCUAUGUUGUUGACUUAAAAAAAUCAAUUCUAUUUCUAUUUAUAUGCAUCCAUUCUGCCUCUUAUGAAAGCAAUCCACUAUUACACGUCUUGAUAUUUGAGAUUACAAUUCUAUCCAUGUAGACAGGUCAUUAUGGGAGAGUAUAAUUGAUAUAUUAUAUCCUGUGGGUAUAGAUUUGCAUCA